AUGGCACAGUAUUUUGACAUUGAUGAUAUUCUGGCGGAGGAUGAGCUUGUUCCAGCUGUAUUUAAAGAGGCUGCAAAUGGGGUUGGGAUCUUCGAUUCAAGUGAUGAUACAAACAGGGUAGAAGCGGGUUCAAAGGCAGAGCUGCCUUUCUGGCUUGCUUCUGAGUUGCACUUGAGACAAGCAGUUUCCAUUAACGUUCCCCUUGUUUCAAUAAAAAGUAAACUCUUAAUAAUUUCAGAUGAUUUUCUUAUGUGUUGCUUUUCAUCUGUCUAUAUGGUUUUCUUAAAUGUCAGAACAAGAGAGGAAAUUGAAGCUGAUGCUGCACAUGUUGAUCUAAGAAAGCGAUGUCCAUAUUUCUACGAAUUAGGAUGCAAAUUAGCACAUUUGAUUGAUGAUAGAAUUCUUAGCGAUAAAAACAUAGGACCUGUCCUCUUUGUCGCCUUUCAGACCAGGUAUAAGGAUGUCCUGGUCAAGGCACACACUUCAGCAUUAUCCGUAACUGCCAAAAAUUUAACACUUCUAACAAGAGAAGAAACCAAAUUGUACGAGACCGCGCAAUCCUCAACAGCAGCAUUUAAGAAGUGGAAGAUGGGUGGCCCCAGAUUUCAGAAAGCUUAUGUUCUUGGGAGGAAGAGGAAGCCAACUGAGUAG